AUGGCAGCCCCAACACAGGAAUACCCGCCCUGGCUCACUCUGUCUGCCACCACCCUGACAGACGCCCAGGGCCAGCCAACAGCAACAGCAGAGACCGUCCUCCGCCUGCCACUGACGUACUACGGCCCAUCGCCUGAGAUUCCGCUUGGAACGGAUGGCGCUUGGGUAUAUGGAGGACUGACUUCGCCUGCGCCGGUAUCUUCUACAACGGCUGCUGCCACAACCACCACGACGACAUCAAUAACCACACCGACUACGACUACGAACUCUAUCUCUGCGACACCUUCACUCUCUAACACAUCCACACCCUCGGCAACUGCCGCAUCCUCCUCCUCUCAACCCUCCUCUUCGAGCCAAUCAAGCUCUUCGACGCCAUCAAGCUCAUCAGCCAGCUCGACCUCAACCGCCGCCGCGGCCGGGUCCACACACCACAGCAACCUCGGCCGCAUUCUCGGCCUCGCACUCGGUAUCACGGGCGGCCUUGUGCUGCUCUUCAUUCUGAUCGCCCUCUGCGUCUUCUGCCGCCGUCGCCGCGCCCGCCGCCGCGGCCCCGUUUCUCCCACGGGCGACGCGCUCUGGCAGUGGCACCCCAUCGACACCGACGACGCGCACGAGCACGAGCACGCCGACGCGCCACGCGAGCCGGGCGAGGGCUCCCCGCGCGGCUCGGGCGAGGAGCACGAUUCGUUCCUCCGCGCGAGCGCUGCAGCUGCAGCUGGUGGCGUCAUCGCUACCGAAAGCAACUUCCCGCGUGAGAAAGACGAGACUGCGGCGCCCCCGCGCCUCGUCGGCCCAUCGCAGCGCAACGCUUCUAGCGCGUCUACUGGUUUACCAUUCGCAUCUGGCCUGCUCAGCUGGGGCCGCAGAAAACAGGCGCCGAAGCUCGAUACGGACGAGAAGAGCGGCUCGGAGUACUUCGACGCGGAGACCGGACAGCUCGCCAGUCCCACGGCGGGCAACAGUAACAGCCAAAGCGGGAGCGGCGGCGCGAAUAGAAGGAGCGUGGUGUUUGCGAAUAUUCCGCCUACGCCGCCGCGGUCGUCGACGCCUGCGCGGGAUAGGCAUAUCAUUCCGCGCGAGGUGCUUAUGAAGAUGUACCCCGAUUCGCGGCCUACGACGCCCCGGUCGAGGCCUGCUACGCCGAGGUCACCAAGGAGUCCGCCCCCGCUUGGUGUGAAUAGUCCGCCGCCGCAGAGCGCGUUCGACUCGGACUCUGAGGCGGACUACGAUACGGUCGGCGUACCGCUUCUCCCGCCGCCGCGUCUUGUGCCCUCGCGCAGUCGCUCGAACUAUAGUAUGCGCACUGGUCGGUCGUCUCGCUCUGCGGGCAGCGAAGCGGAAGCGACGGUUCAGACUGCACGUCGCGUACGGCUCGACGAGCAUGCUAUGGCGCGGGCUCUCCCCGCCGAGCAUUACCAGGACGACGUCGAAGCUCGGGCCUCAGAGAGCUGGGCCCGUCAUAUCGGACUGCACACCGACCUCUCCAUCCGUGGUGUCGUCGAGAGCACCGGCUGGCUCCGCUCGCUUGCAGGUCGUAUCUCAGGUCGCGGCAGCGUACCGCCCAGUCCCUUGCCCACACUCGACUCGCGGCGCGAAAGCGGCCGAUGGCCCGAUAGCCCCCCGCUCAUGCCCUACCGCAGCCGCUCGCACUCGCGCAGCCGCCCAAACUCGUACGCCGGCGGCGCGCUGGCAGCCAUCCCAGACGACGUCUCCAGCAGCCACGGCCACGGCCACGCGCCGCACAACCCCGAGACCGAAGCGCGCCUCAGUCCCCUCCCGCCCCGUCUACGCGAGAUGGGGCUGAUGAAGCCUGAUCAGAGGCCUGUGAGCGGUGCGACGGUCGGCAGCGGCAGGAGCGGCGAGACGGAGUUUUACGACGCGCCGUCGCGGUUCGGGACGCCUGUUCAGAGCGGCACGAUGAGCUCUGGAGGGUCGCGUACGGUUGCUAGUGCGGCUGAUAUCCCGCCUGUGCCGCCGCUGCCGACUGCUACGACGCAGCCUUUGCGCAUUCGGUCGCGCGACGGGAUGAGGCCGCGGGGCGGGAGCGAGCCGCCGGCGUACGAGACGCUGCGGAUGCCUGCGCAGACGUACAGCCCGACGUACCACACGCCCAUCGACGAUCUGAGCGACGCGCCUCCCCGUCCGGUCUCGCCAUUCGCGACUGCCUCGACUGCAACGGCUCAUUCGCGGCCUACGAUCCCGCCCGCGCUCGCUAUGCCCACUGUAGCAGCGUGGAACCGCUCAGGCUCGAACUCGCCCGAGGGCUCGAGGCGCGAUAGUGGGUUGGGCAGUCAAGAGCUCAUCACUAUCGAUGUCCUCGAGGAGGCACCGCCCGAGGCCGGCGUGAGCUGGGCCUCGCUUCGGCGGGCUCAGGAGCUCGACGCGCGCCGCACGACGUUCGGCGGUGCGGGCGCCGCGGCGAUCUUGACGGCGUCGCGGGACAACGUGCACGCGUCCGUCGAGCCGAGCUUGCACUCGCCGUCGUCGGAGCGGCAGCAGUUCCUGAGCCCGCACCGGCAGGACGGGUCGGGGAGCCAUAGUAGCGGAUCGGCGAGCACGAGGGCGCACAGUCAUGAGCAGAGCGGCUCGAGCGGGCGCACGGGGUCUGUGAGCAGCCAUGGGCAUCGGCUUGCCGCCUCGCCACCACUCUCCGCCGUCGGCCACCGCCACCGUAUCUCGGAUAUAUCCUCCCAGCUUAACCCCAACUCGCGUCCGACAAGCGCAAACCCUCCCCCUCGUCAUGUACCCAACGCGUCUAUCGGGUCGAGUGUCACGACGCAUCAGUCUGUGCGGGACCCGCAGACGGGCAAUGUGCUCCGCUUCCCGUUCGUGCCGAGUACGGCGGGCUUGGCUACGACUAAGGAGGACGAGGAGGCUGAGCGGUUGCGCGGCGGGUAUGGAGGGGAGGCGGACGAUGAGGGGAGUAUGGGGUGGGGCGGAAGUUGGGGCAGUCCGGAGCAUUUGAGGAUGUUGCAGAGUAGCGGGAGCGGGGGGUCGAUGUAG